CCAUAAUUUCAUAAUCCCGUUACUUGCGGCUGUGGAAAGACUACUAAAGUUUAGAUACUUCAAUUCCAACAUUGCGACUGUUUAGAGAAGGUGGAAACCAAAUAUGAGGAUCUGGAUUAUUGUUUUAUUCGCAUUGAUUCGACGCAAUGAAGCUUUGACAAAAAGAGCUUCUCUGACAUACAAACAUGGCGAGGUCCAGCUUCGGUCUGAUAAAGGCAAAGAUGUGGUUCUUGAGCCAGGAAGAGGUGGCCGUGUGCGGAUCAACGGUCUAGCGCAGAUUAAUGGAGCUCUUCUGAGUCUUAAGCUUAAUACCGCAAAAAAUCAAAGAUGCACUAAAGCCAACAAAGGUGUUYUAGUUUACAGAAAUGGAGCUAUGGAGAUUUGCGAUGGUUCCCGUUUUGUGUCAAUGAACGCCAAGUUAGGAAGUCUUCAUAAUCCAGCUUCAUCUUGUAAAGCAAUCUUGGAAGAUGAUUGGUCUGCGCCUAGUGGUGCUUACUACAUCAAAACCGAACAAACAACAACCAAGGUGUACUGCUACAUGGAGGAUAUCCCUGGGUGUGGUGGGGGAGGAUGGACGACCGUUAUGAAGACCAACGGACACAUGUCCACAUUUGGCUACGAUUCGGCAUACUGGACCAACAAGAAGGCAUUUCACGUGAAUGGGGGCCAGUCCGGCGCAGACCAUCAAGAAACUAAGSUGCCAACCUACUGGGCCACACCYUUCACUAGUCUUUGUUUGGGGAUGRUGACRGUUUUUCAGAGAAGACCAAACUGGAUCCGUGUGAAUUACAAGGCAAGAUCGCUGUACUCUGUAAUYGCAGACAACCGCUAUCGCAGUUUUUCCAUCGGUCGUAACAAGUGGAAGUCGUUGAUUCCUGGCUCGUCUUUGCAGAGAAACUGCAACCGAGAGGGAUUCAAUUCCAGACCAAUAACUGCGAAAGGUAGCGACAGGGUGAGAAUCGGUAUUGUGUCAAAUCAGGAGAAUGACUGCAAAAGCCCCGACUCCCGCAUUGGCUUUGGAGGUGCGGGUUGGUACUGUGGGAUCAAGUCUGAUAACUCGGUAUAUACAGGUAUCAAGGCAAGAUGCGGUGGCGACAACGGAAACAAGGCCAUUAAAACUUUCGGCUACAUAUUGGUUCAGUAAAUCGUUUGAGCUGUUUUUCUGCCAGAUCCAUUAUUUCUUACUUUCUACCCCCUCCUGAAAUGUUUGACUGCGAGUUGUCGUAGGAUUUCUAUCAUUUUUAAAAUCAAAACAACUAAUAUCCCACAAUACCUUGUGAUUGAACAGAUUACCCAAGAUGCCUUGUGGUCAAACAGAUAUCCCAUGAUACACUGUGUUUCUAACUUCCUUGAACUAAAAUGUAAUCAAAAUGAGCUUAAGGUAUAAGAGAGAUUGUUUGUAUUCUUUAAAUAGGGUUCGUACAGUCUUGAAAAGUCCUUGAUUUUGGAGCUAGAUCCUUGUAAAGUCCUUAAAUGCAAAUUUUCCUUGAAAAGUCCUUGAAUUUGGAGGAAAGGUCCUUGAAAAUGAUAAUUUAGUCCUUGAAUCAGUCAUGAUUGUUGUGAAGUAAUGUUUUAGAGAUCAAUUUUGCCAAGCUUUGAAGCAAAUUGAUAAUAUUUCAAUCCUUUUGGCAAUGUCUGUCGUACGAUUGUGCAAUACGGCGGCAAAGAAAUUAAUAGAGAUUGUAAAMAAUAUGCUCCAAAACUGAGAAAGUUCUUAAAGUUUACUGCAAUGUUUUUAUUGUUCUGUUUGGUAAGACACAGGACUAUUAAUUGUAAUUGGUGUCCUUGAAAAUUGAAAAUUAAUCCUUAAAAAGGCCUUGAAAAAUCCUUGAAUUUUAUAUGAAAAAAUUUGUAUGAACGCUGUUUAAAAGUAAAAAUUCAAAAUCAUAUCAAUCAAAUUCAACACUAAAAUGVUAACGAUUAUUUUCAUCAUUAUCAUCGUCAUCAUAUCCUCCUGUGUGCACUGUUCUGUUUCUGCAACAGCAGACUUCUAAAUAGAAUAACUUAACAAGAAAUAAUGGUUCUGGUGCAGUUUGAAUGAGAAAUUAACAGUCCACUAUAAAAGGUAAAAUAUUAAGGGUAACUUAGUACAGAAUGAAGAUAAAUUUUAGACACAAUCAAAUAUGAUUUGUUUCAUAUUUUUUAUCAUUGUGUGUCAAUUGACAGUAAAUUGUAAUGAUAAAUUUAAUUCAAAUUAAAGCAUUAUAAAACUGA